CACGCGGUGAAUGGUUUGCAGAUGUAAAUCAUCGGACUCAAAGAUUAGCCGCAUUUCGAUGCCUUUUCGACUUAAAAUUAUCACAGUAUUUUGUCAAACCAUAGAGAACUUAUUGUCCAACGUUCGACUAAUGCUAGUUGAAAAUACUUUUAUGUUGAUGGAUUCUCGCAAUGCUGGUGGAAUUUGAGUUCUCAUUCCCUGUCUUGCUCGCUAGCUAGCUAGCUACUUACUAAUGGCUAGCAAUACAGGUGCAAAUUGGUGUUCCAAUUAAUUAGCAUUCGAAUGACUAGUCAUAUUUUCAAUAACAUUAAAGACGAGGAUUGUUGUGGCAGAAGAAUCACGUACAAAAACUGCAUAUUUAACCAAACCGCUCUGGAAAAUCAAGUUGCCAGCAAUCUGCAUUCUCUUUUUUAGCUCCCAAAAUGGCUUGCUAACGUUAACUAACUAUAGUAACGUUAGCAGCCAACUAAUAAUUUGAUAAUUUGGACAAUAACUAGAUUAUUCAGACCAGGGCAAGGGGUGUCCUGGUUAAGAUAGGUUUGACUUCAACCACCUGCCUACAUUUAUUAAUUUUAAUAGCUAAAUCAAGAUAAUUCAAAUUCAACUGAACAUGAGGGAGAACAUGAAGGCUGUGAGCCAGCAGCAAGCCAGCCAGCUCUUACACAACAAGUUUGUUGUUGUCCUGGGGGACUCCAUUCAGCGCUCAGUGUAUAAGGACAUUGUGCUUCUGCUGCAAAAGGACAAAUAUCUCAGCUUGGCUCAGCUCAAGACUAAGGGAGAGAUGAGCUUCGAGCAAGACAUCCUGGUGGAGGGCGGACGUCUGGGUCAAAUGACCAAUGGGACGGAAUACCGUGAGGUGCGUCAGUUCCGGUCAGACAACCACCUGGUGCGGUUCUACUUCCUGACGAGGAUCUACUCGCGCUACAUGCAGAGCAUCCUGAGGGACUUCGAACACGGUCUCAAACCAGACGUCGUCAUCGUUAACUCCUGCAUCUGGGACGUCUCCAGGUAUAACCCUAAAUGGCACGUUGAGUACAAGGAGAACCUGCACAAGUUCUUUGAGAAGAUGAACUCCAUCCUGCCUCCUGAAUGUCUGGUCCUGUGGAACAUGACCAUGCCCCUGGGGAAGAGGAUUGUAGGGGGCUUCUUCAUUCCUGAGAUCGAGCAGAGGGGCCCAACGCUGUGCUACGACGUGAUCCAGGCCAACUUCUACAGCAGCAAGAUGGCCGACGCCUACGGCCUUGACGUGCUGGACCUCCACUUCCAGUUCCGCUUCUCGCUCGAGCACCGCAUGAAGGAUGGGGUCCACUGGAACUCUCUGGCCCACCGACGCAUCACCACCUUACUGCUGCAACAUGCUGCAGAGGCCUGGGGAGUGUUGCUGCACUGUCCUGCCACUACUGUUGAGCACAUUGAUCAUUCAGAGCAGCAGCAGCUCAAAGCCUACACAAACACCAUGGCCAAGAACACAGUGCUACACAACUGGAGCUACCCACCAGAGCCUCAUUGCAGGAGACCAGACCCCAGGAUGAUGAACCCGGGUCACUGCAGUGUUGCCUGGGAAACAGAGAGGUUUGGACACUCUGACGGCUACGAGCCUCAGGGAGAAUAUUUCACUCCCAAUUCAGCAGGAUGGCAUCCUGCGGAGGACUCGGGUCUUGAGCCCUACAGACCAGCUUUGGAUGCACCCCACAGGCCUCUAGAAGGGGAAUACGACAACUGCGGAGAACAGUUCUACGAGGACGCUCUCCCCGUCCGCCCCAAGUUCGGCGCCGGCUACUUCAGCUUGGAGGAGAACCAAGCCAACAGACAGAGCCUGGUCAACAGACAGCCGACUGCCCCGGUGCAUCACAGACACACCCAGGUGCUCAACAACAGACAGACGGUGGUCUACAGACAUCCCCCAGUCAUCAGACACUCACUGGACAACAGCUACAGUGAAAAUAACGGAAUGGUCCGGAACAGUACUGGACACUACAGACCGGUGCAGCAUAAUGAGGCCUACCACCACAGACCCUACGUCCCUCUCCCUCCCGCUUGGCCUGAGAACCAGUACGUGAUGAGGAAGAAACAACCCAAGAAGCACUAUGCGCCGUAUACAUGCCAGAGACCUCACCAGUACCACAGAUACUGACUGGAAAGCUCUUGUACUUUAGUUCUGGUUAGCCCUUAUACAGACCGUGUAUCGCAUUGCUGUGGACGGUCGAACGGUUCAGAACUAGGGCACAGUCUUUCCUGGUCGGGUCAGGGGGGAAAACUCCUGGCCCUAAGGAGGGAGUGGCACGUUGGGUCAGGAGUUUUUCCUGGACCAUGUGACCAGGAAAAACUCUGGGCCCUGUAUAUAGUGUUCAAACUCAUCAAGUGAUUGUGUAUGGGCAGCACUUAAAAAAAUUUAACUUUCAGGAGUUGUCUUUCAUAAUUCUGUCAUUUGCUCUAUUGUGCAUCCCAAACAUGGGUGGUGCCUUACAAAAACUAAAUUUCUAGAGGGCUGUGUAGUCUUUUGCUCUUGAAAUAGUAGUUUUUUUUUGAUAAUUUUUCUUUACUAUUUUGAGGCUUUUUAAGUUGAAAGGCUAUGAAAUUCUGUUCUGUGUUUCCUAUGUUCUGUCAAUGUCAGUCUUUCUUAGUCUUUUCUUGCCACUGUGAGGGGGUUGGUUGUAUGUUUAGGAACACUGGAGAAUUGCCAUGGCAUACUGAAACAUUUUUACAUUUAUACAAUAAAAUUACACUGAUUUCA